AUGGACGCUAAUGACGACAACAAGGGCAGAAAACGAAAAUCUCGCGAGAAUACGCAAGAAGAGAGGAGAAAACAGCGAAAAGAGUGGAAAAAAAGAAAGCAACAGGCUAAGCGGGCAAAGUCCAGCUCUUCCACAAAUGCUAGAAACGAUGGUAGCGAAGAGAGGAAAGUAGCUAUCGAGGAGCAAAAGAGAACUUUGGUGGAUACAAAGAAAAAAAGCAAGUUCCUUAAAAAUUCUCCAAAAGUUCAUGCAUCCAAGUCAAAAAGCCUCACCAAGGAGAUCAAGCCAAAAGGGCAACUGGCAGCCGCAAACUCAAGAAGUGCUUUGAUGUUGAGCUUAGCCGUCAAAAGGAAACUCUUCAAAGACAAUGCAGGCCUUGGCAGAUGGAAAAUCUACGCAAGCAUUCCAAGCAAAAACCCUAUGACGCACCUUCGAAUCGACCACCGCAGCACAUGCCAGCUUCAUCCAGGAGAAAUCUGGGUGCAGUUAAAAAACACAUUGUCCUUAAGGAGAAGAGCUUGAUAAAAGAACUAGAGCCAGGGCAUAUAGACUAUUUGCCUCUAGAUGCUGUUGGUAGUGGAAGCUACGGGCAAUGCUACCGUGCCCGUUACAGGGGAAUCGACGUGGUUGUAAAGAAGAUGAUACACAGGGAUACAGAAGAGGACAAGUUAAGGGCGAAGCGUGAAGUGGUCCACGAAGCAGAAGUGCUUACUGCACUUGGGGACCAUGACGGACUGCCUAUGCUUAUAGGCAUCACAACAGCAAAUACACCAUUUUGUGUUUUAACGCAGUGCCACGGUGUCAACGAAAGAAGUGUGACCCUUCACCAAGCUGCAAAGAACAAAAUAAUAACGCCUACCGAAUGUGUUCAUUUAUUUGUGAAGAUCUGCUCCGCCUUAGAGCACGUGCAUUGGAAAGGAUUUUUGCACAAUGACAUUAAAAGCAAUAAUGUGGUGCUUGAUCAAACUGUUUCUGAACAGUACGCCCCAGUACUUAUUGAUUUCGGUAAAAGCACAAGAAUACGUUCUGCUGCCACGAUAACUGUGAACGAGAGGAAGACGCAUGAGAAGAGUGCCCACGUGAAAAGUUACCUUGCUCCUGAAGUCGUAAAGUGCAGGCAGUACAGUCCAGCCAGUGACAUAUAUUCUAUGGGACGAAUGCUGAAAGCGAUUGCAACGACCAUGGGAUUUUAUGACAAGGUUCGUGUUGUUGUUAAGACUGCAACCAACGACGAACCUUCUCAUAGAGCAAACAUCCAAGAGUUUGCCAAGGAAAUCGCUGCAGUUCAAUUUUAA